AUGUACAUCACACGGAGCAACCCAUUGCUCAUCACACGGAGAAACCCAUUGCCCAUCAUACAGAGCAACCCAUUGCCCAUCACACAAAGCAAGGAGCAACCCAUCGCUCAUCACACGGAGCAACCCAUCGCCCAUCACAAGGAGCAACCUAUUUCCCAUCACAAGGAGCAACCCAUUGCUCAUCACACGGAGCAACCCAUUGCCCAUCACAAGGAGCAACCCAUUGCCCAUCACAAGGAGCAACCCAUUGCUCAUCACACGGAGCAACCCAUUGCCCAUCACAAGGAGCAACCCAUUGCCCAUCACAAGGAGCAACCCAUUGCUCAUCACACGGAGCAACCCAUUGCCCAUCACAAGGAGCAACCCAUUGCCCAUCACAAGGAGCAACCCAUUGCUCAUCACACGGAGCAACCCAUUGCCUAUCACACAGAGCAACCCAUUGCCUAUCACACAGAGCAACCCAUUGCCUAUCACACAGAGCAACCCAUUGCCUAUCACACAGAGCAACCCAUUGCUCAUCACACGGAGCAACCGACCAUGCUAUAA